ACUAUGACUUCAAGGAUGCUUUCUCAUUGACCACAAGUCAACGUCUGCUUUUUUCAUUUUUCUUUUUCCCCCCUCUACUUUAUAUUUCCCAGGAAUAAUAUGGCCAAAUUCUUUUUUUUAUGUUUCUCCAUUGAGAAAACAAUUUCGUAGCUCUGGGUUUUCUUCUUCCUUCCAUUUGGGUUUUCUUGAUUCUUUCUUCCUAUCAUUUGGGUUUUCUGCUUCCUUUUCUUGUAAUACAUACAUCAAUCCAGAAAGAUCGAAGAAAAAAUGGACAACAACAGUAACAACAAGGGAAAGAUGAUCAUGGGCAGAGGCUUAGUAGACUUGGUGCUUUCUUGGUCAAUUCAGGAUGUUCUCAACAAGGAUCUUUACAAAUCUCAGGCGAAGAAGAUCCCAGAGACAUUCACAUCAACAACACACUACAUGAAGACAUUCAUUCCCCCACUUGUUGAGGAAGUUCAUGCUGAGUUGGCAUCUAGUAUGCAAUCACUUUCUCGAGCACCCACAUCUGAAAUAUCCUCUUUUAAUAUAUCCCCCAAGGCAUAUAAACCUCCAAGAGACUGGUUUUACAAAAUAUCACUCAAAAGAGGAGGGUCAAAGAAUGAUCCAGGAAUAUAUGAGCCUGAGGUUGGACAUGUUAUUGCCCUCACAGAUAAGAGACCAAAAUGCACUGAUGAUUUGUGCAGAUCCAAACAAUCCUACCUUAUUGCUUAUGUUCAUGCAGUCAAAGGUGAAGAUUCUGGUGCACUCUCAAUACUCUCGUCAAAGCCCAUCAUGAUUGAACAAGAUAUGCAGAAGAAGAAGGAGAAACAAACACUUUUUGCUGUUUAUUUGAUAAGCUUGACGACAAAUAUUCGUAUAUGGAGAGCAUUAAACUCAGAGUUGGAAGGGAAGAACGUGAACAUUAUUAAGGAAGUGCUGCAAAGUAAUUCCAGUGAUUAUGAGAAGUGUAUCACUUGCUCAUCUGGAGAAAAUAAUGGGGUUUUUUGGUCACGCAUGGUGGACAUGUGCCGCUCUUUUAACUUAAAUGACUCCCAAAAAGAUGCUGUUUUGAGCUGUAUCGGUGGAAGGGGUUGCUCUCAUCAGUAUACUGUCAAAUUAAUAUGGGGUCCUCCAGGAACUGGGAAAACAAAGACCGUUGGUUUUCUGAUAUAUGCUCUAUUUACAAUGAAAUGCAGAACACUUACUUGUGCCCCUACUAAUAUUGCAGUGUUGGAAGUGGCAGCCCGUGUCCUGAGUUCAGUUGUCAAGAUCCUUGAAUAUGACACUUAUGGGAUGGGAGAUAUAGUUCUAUUUGGAAAUCAGGAAAGAAUGAAAAUUGAUAAUGAGAGUGAACUUUUCAAUGUAUUUCUUGAUAAUCGUGCAGAAAUACUUGGCCGUUGUUUUGAUCCGAAGUCUGGAUGGAAUCAGAGUCUGGCAUCCAUGAUAAGUUUACUCGAAAACCCUGAAGAACAGUAUUGUCUUUACACAAUUGAGAAAGACGAAGAGGAUAAAAAUGAUGAAAAGAAGGAGCAGAUAAUUAAUCGGGGAAAGGAAGAUGAGAAUUAUGAUCAAAACUGUGAAGGAAAGAACAAAAAAUAUGGGAAGAAAGUAAUUGUAAAAGAAAACAAAGGUGAGGGAAAACAGAUGGCAAGUUUGCAUACCCGGAAACAUCAGCAGAAAUUGAAGGAUAAGGAAGAAGAGGUUGGAAAUGGCUGCUCUAAGACUAAGAACAAGAAAAUACUCGAAAACCCUGAAGAACAGUAUUGUCUUUACUUACAGAAAAACACAAUUGAGAAAGACGAAGAGGAUGAAAAGAAGGAGCAGAUAAUUAAUCGGGGAAAGGAAGAUGAGAAUUAUGAUCAAAACUGUGAAGGAAAGAACAAAAAAUAUGGGAAGAAAGUAAUUGUAAAAGAAAACAAAGGUGAGGGAAAACAGAUGGCAAGUUUGCAUACCCGGAAACAUCAGCAGAAAUUGAAGGAUAAGGAAGAAGAGGUUGGAAAUGGCUGCUCUAAGACUAAGAACAAGAAAAUACUCGAAAACCCUGAAGAACAGUAUUGUCUUUACUUACAGAAAAACACAAUUGAGAAAGACGAAGAGGAUGAAAAGAAGGAGCAGAUAAUUAAUCGGGGAAAGGAAGAUGAGAAUUAUGAUCAAAACUGUGAAGGAAAGAACAAAAAAUAUGGGAAGAAAGUAAUUGUAAAAGAAAACAAAGGUGAGGGAAAACAGAUGGCAAGUUUGCAUACCCGGAAACAUCAGCAGAAAUUGAAGGAUAAGGAAGAAGAGGUUGGAAAUGGCUGCUCUAAGACUAAGAACAAGAAAAUUGAACAGGAGGAUAAAAAAUGCAAGCCUUUGACAUUAGAGGAAUUUGUACAGGAAAGAUUCAAAUCCGUUGGAGAACGGUUGAAAUUCUGCAUUGUAAAUUUGUACACGCAUUUACCAACUUCUUUCAUUCCAUUGGAAUUGGUGAAAAACAUGAUAAGAGCUCUUGGUUUGCUGAGAUCGCUUGAAACUUUGUUGCUUAGAGUCAACAUUGCCAAUGAAGGAUUAAAGCAGGUUCUCAAGGAACAUGAGGAUGUAGGAAGCAGAAUUGAUAACCAUAUGAAGUUGAGAAACACAAUGAAAGAAUGUCUCAAGACAAUAAAAUUACUUCCUCCAAAUUUCCCUGUUCCAAAUUUUGCCAAUACUUAUGCGAUAAGAGAAUUUUGCUUGCAGAAUGCAUCCCUUCUUUUCUGUACUACAUCAAGCUCUGUUAAAUUGCACACAGAAGGAAUGAAACCUCUGCAUUUCCUGGUUAUUGAUGAAGCUGCACAGCUUAAAGAAUGUGAAUCAGCCAUUCCCUUAAAACUCUCUGGCCUUCACCAUGCUAUUCUUGUAGGAGAUGAAAGGCAAUUGUCUGCAAUGGUUAAUAGCAAGAUUUCUGAGAAGGCUGGAUUUGGAAGAAGUUUGUUUGAGAGGCUUGUAAAGUUGGGAUACAAGAAGCACCUCCUCAACAUUCAAUAUAGAAUGCAUCCAUCCAUAAGCUUAUUCCCAAAUAGGGAGUUCUACGGCAAUCAGAUUUUGGAUGCUCCAAAUGUCAAAGAAAUAAGCCAUAAGAGAUGCUUCCUUAAGGGAAAUAUUUAUGGUUCCUAUUCUUUUAUAAAUAUAAUUCAUGGGAAAGAGAAAUUUGGUGAGUUACAGAGUUUGAAAAAUAUGGUUGAAGUUGCAGUGAUUGCUGACAUAGUUGCAAAUCUGUUUGAAGAAUUCAUUGGCUCAAAGAAGAAGGUGAGCAUAGGUAUCAUAUCACCAUAUAAGGCUCAGGUUCUUGCAAUUCAAGAGAAGAUUGUAAAAUACAGUUCAAAUUCUGACGGGGAUUUCUCUGUGAGUGUUCGCUCUAUUGAUGGCUUUCAAGGGGGUGAGGAGGAUGUGAUAAUUUUCUCCACUGUUAGAAAUAACAACAAAGGAUCGGUGGGUUUUCUUUCAAGCUGUCAAAGAGCAAAUGUGGCAUUAACGCGAGCAAGACAUAGCCUUUGGAUAUUGGGAAAUGAAUCAACUUUAAGUAAGAGUGGCUCUAUUUGGAGGAAGCUGGUCAGUGAUGCCAAGGAAAGGGGAUGUUUCUAUAAUGCUAAUGAGGAUAAGAGACUGGCUCAGUCUAUUAUCGCUGCACUGCUAGAGCUUAACAAACUUGAUACUUUACUGCAAAUGGAUUCUGAUUUAUUCAGAAUGGCUAGAUGGAAGGUUUUCUUCAGCGACAAUUUUCGGAGAUCUAUGGCAAAACUUGAGGAUGUUGAAAUUCGUAAGGAGGUGAUUUCUCUCUUAGCAAAGCUUUCAAAUGGUUGGCGUCAAUCUGGGAAGAAGAAAAGAAUGAAAAGCCAAGAUGGGAGUUCUUCUCAAUUGUUAGAGCUAUAUGGGGUUAAUAAGCAGCUAAAUGUUGCUUGGAGUGUGGAUAUUUGGGAAGAGAAUUCAUUUCAGAUUCAAGUCUUGAAGUUUUGGGAUGUUUUGCCUUUAUCUGAUAUUCCAAUGCUAUCAAAGAGUCUUGACAAGUUGUUCAAAAAUUAUACCAAGGAAAAGAUGAACAGCUGCAAAUACAAAUGCAUGGAGAGGAAUUUGGUUGUGCCUAUGAGAUGGCCAGUGAACUCAUCUGGUGUUAAAGGAACUGCUUCUGGAGCUGAUCCUUUGCAGCUGACAAAAUCACUUGAAUCACUCAGUCUAAGAGAUGGAUCAAGUUCUUCCAGCACAGCUCACAAGUAUGUAUAAAGGCAGAAGUCAGCAGACUUGUGGGGAGCCUAUCAGUAAUCACUCAAGAAGUCUUCCUAUGAACAUUUUUACUGAAGGAAGCUCUCAGUUGGUGUGUAUGUAUGUAUGUAUUUGAAAUUCCUACAAAACAACAUAGAAAAAUAAUUUAUAAAGCUUGAAAGGUAAUGGUGAAAAAUGAAUUAUGAAUAUGAAUAUAUUGCUUUCUUUGUUGCCGGUGUAAAGUAACAGUAUUGCAGUUCUUA